UCCUCCAGCUGGGGGGAGAGGCUUCCUCAGGCCCUUGGCUUGCCCCACUUGAUUUCUCUUGGGUCUGAAGUCUGAGCUCACAGAAUUUCUAUGUGUGACCAGCCCUUUCCACCCUUUGGGAUGAGGAGAGAGAGAGGCCAGCUCGAGCUGGGGCUGUUGGACCUGAGUGGCAGGAGCCCUCGUCAGAGCUGAGGCUUCUGCCCAGAGCUUGAGUCUCCUGGACAGCACUUCUCCUUCUGGAAAACGGGUUGAAGCAGUGAUUGGCUGACACCGCAGUUGUUUUUGCUCACCUGCAUGUCCAGAGACAUGCAUAUACUCACCUGUGCACACACAUUUGCACGUGCAUACAUUGUGAGACACAUAGGUACACAGUGCACAUCACACAGAUGUACACACUGCAUAGACAUGCAUACAAUGCCGUGUGACCGCGUGCACAUGCCACAUAUCUACAUGUGUAAUAAACACAUAUGCCAUAUGGCCUCACAGAGAUGUACACCUGUGUGGGCAUACACACUACACAUGCACGUGCAAUACAGAUAUACAAAGGGACCCUCAGAAACAUUCACUCACAGACACCCACACCGUUGGCUCCAGCCCCAAAGGUGCCUCUGUUUCUCCGUGGGUCUGUGGGUACACAGCCAACUCUACAGGCCUGACUCCCUCCUGUUGCUUUCACUCCCUGUGACGGGCUUGUUUUGCUCUUUGCACCUCCCGCCCUCUAAAACACCAAUCUGAGUCUUUGUUGGCACUCUGCCCCUCCUGCAUGGGACCUUGUCUGUGUCCCCCAGUGUCCCCAGCCCAAGUCCCAGGCUGGCAUGAAAUCCCGGGGCAGAGUCCAGGGCGGCUCAAGUCUCCUCCUCAAACGCCUGCUGAACCCUGAGCGCCCUGAGCCGGGAUGGGGCAGGCGGAGGCUGCCGCCAUGAUCCCAGGCCUGGUCCUGCUCUGGAUAGCAGUGCUGGGGGGUGCCUCCCCCAGCCCUCCACGCCUUCGGCUCUCCUUCCAAGAGCUCCAGCAGCGGCAUGGUCUCCGGACCUUCAGGCUGGCGAGGACCUGCUGUUACGAAGCUUUGCUAGUGGAUGAGGAGCGUGGACGCCUGUUCGUGGGUGCCGAGAACCACGUGGCCUCCCUCAGUCUGGACAACAUCAGCAAGCGGGCCAAGAAGCUAGCCUGGCCGGCCCCUGUGGAAUGGCGAGAGGAGUGCAACUGGGCAGGGAAGGACAUUGGUACUGAGUGCAUGAACUUCGUGAAGGUACUGCAUGCCUACAACCACACCCACUUGCUGGCCUGUGGCACAGGAGCCUUCCACCCCACCUGUGUAUAUGUGGAGGUGGGCCACCGGCUGGAGGAGCCCAUGCUCCGGCUGGACCUUCAGAAGCUGGAGGACGGCAAGGGCAAGAGUCCGUAUGACCCCAGGCAUCAGGCAGCCUCCGUGUUGGUGGGGGAAGAGCUAUACUCGGGGGUGGCUGCAGACCUCAUGGGCCGGGACUUCACCAUCUUCCGCAGCCUGGGCCAGCGUCCGAGUCUCCGAACAGAACCACAUGAUUCCCGCUGGCUCAACGAGCCCAAGUUCGUCAAGGUCUUUUGGAUUCCUGAGAGUGAGAACCCAGAUGAUGACAAGAUCUACUUCUUCUUCCGUGAGCUGGCAGUGGAGGCUGCACCGGCACUGGGACGCCUGUCAGUGUCCCGCGUUGGUCAGAUCUGCCGGAACGAUGUGGGUGGGCAGCGCAGCCUGGUCAACAAGUGGACCACUUUCCUGAAGGCACGGCUGGUGUGCUCCGUGCCAGGCAUGGAGGGCGACACACACUUCAACCAGCUUCAGGAUGUAUUCCUGCUGUCCUCGAGGGACCGCUGGACCCCACUGCUCUACGCUAUCUUCUCUACUUCCAGUGGCAUCUUCCGGGGUUCCGCAGUGUGCGUGUACAGCAUGAAUGAUGUGCGCCGGGCCUUUCUUGGACCCUUUGCACACAAAGAGGGGCCCAUGCACCAGUGGGUGUCCUACCAGGGUCGUGUCCCCUACCCCCGGCCUGGCAUGUGUCCCAGCAAGACCUUUGGGACCUUCAGUUCCACCAAGGAUUUUCCUGAUGACGUCAUCCAGUUUGCCCGGAACCACCCCCUCAUGUACAAUUCAAUCCUGCCUGUGGGGGGGCGCCCUCUCUUCCUACAAGUGGGUGCCGGGUACACCUUCACCCAGAUCGCUGCAGACCGCGUAGCAGCAGCUGAUGGACACUACGACGUCCUCUUCAUUGGCACAGAUGCUGGCACCGUGCUGAAGGUGAUCUCGGUCCCUAAGGGCAGCCAGCCUCAUGCUGAGGGGCUGCUCCUGGAGGAGCUGCAUGUGUUUGAGGACUCUGCCGCUGUCACCAGCAUGCAAAUCUCCUCCAAGAGGCACCAGCUGUACGUAGCCUCACGGAGCGCGGUGGCCCAGAUCCCGUUGCACCGCUGCGCUGCCCACGGCCGCGCCUGCGCCGAAUGCUGCCUGGCGCGUGACCCCUACUGCGCCUGGGACGGGGCCACGUGCACACGCUUCCAGCCCAGUGCCAAGAGGCGGUUCCGGAGGCAAGACAUAAAGAACGGCGACCCCAGAACGCUGUGCUCUGGGGACUCAUCACAUCCCGCACUGCUGGAGCGGAAGGUGUUAGGUGUGGAGGGCGGCAGUGCCUUCCUGGAGUGUGAGCCUCGCUCGCUGCAGGCACAUGUGGAGUGGACCUUCCAGCGCGCAGGGGAGGCAGCCGGCACCCCGGUGCUGGCGGAGGAGCGCGCCGAGCGCACUACGCGGGGGCUGCUGUUGCGCGACCUGCGACGCGGGGACUCAGGCUCAUACCUGUGCACAGCGGUGGAGCAGGGCUUUUCGCAGCCGCUGCGUCGCCUGGUGCUGCACGUGCUGAGUGUUGUGCAGGCCGAAAGGCUGGCCCGGACUGAGGAGGCUGCACCGGUAGCGCCACCGGGCCCCAAGCUCUGGUACCGGGACUUCCUACAGCUGGUGGAGCCCGGUGGUGGUGGCGUAAGCUCCCUGCGAAUGUGUCGACCGCAGCCCGCGCCGCGCCCACCGCCUCCUGAGUCGCGGAGAAAGGGUCGUAACCGGCGGACGCAUGCCCCAGAGCCGCGCGCUGAGCGGGGGCCACGUAGCGCAGCGCACUGGUGACUCGGCAGUCCCCACGCCGGGGGGCUGGGGAGAUGAGACGACUGGCGGGAGAGGGACGGACAGACCCUGGGAAACAGACAGCUAGUGGGCGGGCACAAAGCGGUCCCCGGCCAACCGAGACACCGCCGGACAGGCUCUGGCCGUAGGGUAGACGCCAGCUUAUUUAUUAACAGUGGAUAACCCUUGAAUGUAGCCCCGGGAGGGGCAGCCCAGGCCGGGCACAGGGUCCGGCUGUUCGGGAAGAGGCCAAGAAGCAGGGAUUCAUAGCAACGACCUGGACGGGAGAGGUGCCAGGAGUCCCCACCCUGGGAAAAGGACCUCCUCCUUGGGCAAUGAGCAGAAAGCUGUGAACAGGCUGGGCUUGUGGGGGUGGGGUGGGGCAGGCCGACUGUACUAAUGCAAUAAACACAUUAUCAGCUGAAGUUGGAAUGGCCCCAGCAGACAACCACUGGUCCUAGGUCUUGCUGUGUGGCCUUGGUUACCUUCCUAGCAGUUUCAGGGCCUCAGUUUCUUCUAAGGAUGCUGUGGUGAGGAUUAAAGGUGGUUACCAUGUGACUGAGUGGAUUCUAUAGGGCCUGUGGGGAUAUUGACAUGCACAGUAUAUUCUGAAUAAUAUAAUUUCUGGGCUAAGUGCUAUGAAUAAAAUUGGGUGAUGUGGAAAAGAA